UUGAGUUUUUCACCGCAUUAUUUACAUGUGUGGAUUGUUUUGCUUGGCUUGCCGUAGACUGUUAUGGUAUCCUAGCAACAUGAAUACUAACCGAAAAAGAGGCUAGUUUAAUGAGCUAGUAAACGCUUUUGACAUUUUUACACUUUUUUAUAUUUUAAAUCAAUAACUAGGUUACUUACCAACUUUAGCAAAAAUAGUGUGUUUAAUGUAAUCUCAUCAUUACUAAUGCUGACCUGAUUACUGCCUACGUUAAGUGUUUAGUUGCUGGACCCGAGGUAAACGUCGGAACUUCAUUAGUUCGCUACAUUAACUUAUAGGCUAAUAUAGAACUAGUUACAUUUUUUGUGGCAUAAAAGAAUAUGGACCAAACUUCUUAUCCUCGUAUUUACGUGGAAAGAACUCUAGCUCUAAUUAAACCAGAUGCCAUAAAGAAAGUUGGGGAGAUUGAGGACAUUAUUCUCAAAUCGGGCUUCAUUAUCCUGCAGCGGAGGCUGCAGUUAAGUCCAGAGCAAUGCAGUGACUUCUACGCAGACCAUUAUGGAAAGCUGUUCUUUCCCACUUUAACUGCAUUCAUGAGCUCUGGCCCCAUUGUUGCCCUGAGUCUGGCCCGUGACAAUGCUGUUGCCCACUGGAAGUCCAUCAUAGGGCCUGUCAACAGCACAAAGGCCAGAGAAAGUCAUCCAGAAUGCCUUAGAGCAAAAUAUGGCACUUCAGACUUGAAAAAUGCCCUCCAUGGCAGUGACUCAUUUCACGCAGCUGAAAGGGAGAUAAAAUUCAUGUUCCCAAACUCUGUAAUUGAGCCAUUUCCCUCAAGAGAAGCAAGUGAGGAAUACCUAAGCAAGUAUGUCAACCCAACUCUGCUGCAUGGACUCACUGAGCUCUGCAAGCACAAGCCUCACAACCCCUGUAUUUGGCUUGCUGACUGGCUGAUCAAAAACAGCCCAAACAAGCCUAAAAUAUGUGAAGGAGCCCUUGUGGAAGAAGCAGAAUGACCACAGGAAAAAAGGGAAGAAAUACCAAACUGUGUAAUUUUUUUUACAAAUAUGUUCAAUAAUGAUGAAAUAUAUUUUCAGCACUAA